AUAUAUAUAUGUUAUUUAAUCUGUGCUAUGGAGGUAAAUAUUGACGUGAUAACAGACGUUUGUACUCGAUAGUCUAUCGUUUGAUAAUGAUGGGUAUUGUAAUUCGUGUUUAUAACGUAAGUUUUAAAUUUGUCUCUUAUGUUAAAAUGAUAUUCGAACGUUUAAUUAAUUAUUUCAUGACAUUAAUUAACGUAGUCGUCACCAGGCUUGGUUUACAUUAUUCCGACAACAUCGACGUGGAAAUCGUAUACAAAUCAAAAGAUUUUAUUAUUGUUAACAAACCCGAAGACAUAUUUACAAAUAAUCAUAACAAAGUAAGGCCGUCCUUGGAUGUAUUACUUGGAAAGAAAUAUCCACAUUUGGUGAACAGCAAAUUAGAACACAGUUUCUAUUUUGUCCACAGGUUAGACUUUGUGACCAGUGGUGUAUUAUGUAUUGCUCUAAACAAACAAGCGUGCGCCAAAGCUUCGGGUGCAAUGCAAAAAAGAAUAUCCCGAAAAUAUUACAUAGCAUUGGUCAGAGGACUCGUAUCCACAGACCAUUUGGAGUUGACCAACUCUAUUGGGUACUGUGCGAAAGAAGCGGACGGAAAUCGAAAAAUGUGCACUGUUGACGAAGAAUGUUGCACCGAACCUCGAGACGCACACACCCGGCUAGUAGUGUUGGAGCGUGGCGUGUAUAUGUCGUAUCCCGCAACCAAAGUUCUGUUACAGCUCGUCACUGGUAGACGUCAUCAGAUUCGGGUGCACUGUUCGACGAUUGGCCACACGAUCAUUGGUGAUUACACGUACAGCGAUCGCAAAGACACGAGUCCGCACCGGACGUUUCUUCACUCAUACAGAUUGGAACUAGGUGUCGACGGCAUAAACGUCCAGACGAACGACCCAUUUACCAAAGCCAAACUUAAUGGUUUAUGGAUCCCGGUGGAAUAUGUCAACAGAGUGGGAGAUGAUUGUUUUCGACUGUUUAGUAACUGUAGCUGACAUAUAUAAAAUGUGAUUUCAUAGUAUCAUACCAUGUAUUUAUGUACAUAUCAGCAUAAUAGACUGUUUUAUUAAAUAUAUUUAACUAUUUA